AAUUCUUGAAAACCGGAAGAGAAAAACGAGCUGGUACGAUACUGUGCCAUAAGAGAAAAUGGCAGGGACGGUUUCUAAAAUCAUUUAUGACAACCUGUGCGCAAACCAAGGAUGUUUGGAGUUCAUUGAAUUUAAAGAAGUACUUCGAAAAGGUCGUAUCACAGUUGACCACUCGGUCCUUCUCAAAAUUGUAUCUGACAAUGGGAAAUUUGCGGUUCCAUUGGCCAAGGAAAUAAAACCAAGAACUCUGGUCGUGGCGAGAACCCAGUUGAGGGUCUGCCAGAAGGCGCAGGGAGAAUGUCCCCAGUGCAACCACUUGCAGUUGUGCAGGUAUUUUAUAUGCGGAUACUGCAGAUUCGGAAAUAAAUGCAAACAUUCCCACGACCUGGCUUCUCAACACAAUUUAACCAUUUUGAUUGAGGCUGGACUACAAAAUCUGACUGGAAAAGAGCUCUUCCCAUUAUUACUGCAAAACGAUGCCUACUUGCUUCCUGAGAUAUGUUCACAUUAUAACCGGGGCAAUGGUCAGCAUGGUAUCUGCAAGUUCCCAAACUCUUGCAUCCGCCUCCAUGUCUGUCAGCACUUUCUCCAAGGUGACUGCAAGUUUGGAGAAAAGUGUAAGAGGGAGCAUUCCUUCAACGAUCAGGUGCUGAAGAUCCUGAAAGGCAGAGGUCUCAGCGAUGACAAUAUAAGCAAACUGUACAAAAUCUACCGCUGCAAAUCCAUCAUCAACCAGCAACCGCCUAAUCUUGAGAAUCUUUUAGCACACCCAGAGGUGACGGACAGUCUGCCAAUCAGAAGCCUCGAAAUAAAGUCCACCACCAGUGAUACUUCUGCUGCCCCCCAAACCAGCGAGGCCGACCGUGAUGAAAUCUGUCUCUACUUUCUACGCCAACAUUGCAGCUUUAAAGACAAGUGUGUACGGGUGCACUACCAGCUACCUUAUAGGUGGCAGGUCCAGGACAGUGUGUCUCUCAGCUGGAUUGAUAUGCCUAACAUGGAGACCAUGGAGAAGGCCUACUGUGACCCUAAGAAUACAGUCAAAAACCUUGGGGGAACUGUCCGUCGUCUAUCUACGGUCUCCUCUGUCUCCAAGCCCAACUACUUCAUCCUCACCACUGAUUGGCUGUGGUACUGGCAGGACGACAACGGGAGCUGGGAGGAGUAUGGACAGGACAAGGUGGGUGAGGAUGGUGGAAGUACUGCUUCUGUCAAUUCUGGCACUCUGGAGCGUACCUACCUAUCAGAAACAGAGGUGGAAUGUUUCAGUGCAGGCAAACACAAUUACACGAUCAACUUCAAAGAGAUGCAGCAGCAGAACCUGAAGUACGGAACCCAGAGAGAGGUCCGCAGACGGCCUCGCUUUGUGUCCACACAGGAGGUGCAGGACAAAUUGAGAGGCAUCUCAUCACCAAGUGCCGCGUCCUCUUCCCUAGGCGAUUCGGUACCAGCGAACUGGGAGAAGACUUCCCUACCUAACUUUGGAUAUAAGGUCAUCCCACUGACCAGCUCCUCCACGGAGUACCAGCUGGUCGAGAGCUGGUUCAAGCGCACCAUGAAGACCAGCUUGAUCAACAAAAUCGAGCGCAUACAAAACCCCGCGCUUUGGAAGGUCUUUCAAUGGCAAAAGACUAUGAUGAAGGAUAAAAAUGGAGGAAAGCCUGUAGACGAACGCCACCUGUUCCAUGGCACAGAAGAGUCUCUGCUGGAUCCCAUCUGUGAGCAGAACUUUGACUGGAGGAUGUGUGGAGUCCACGGCACAGCAUACGGCAAAGGGAGUUACUUUGCCAGAGACGCCUCCUACUCAGAUAAGUACUCCAAGGCCCACCGGGGCCUGAGGAGGGUGAUGUUCGUGGCCCACGUCCUGGUGGGGGAGUUCACUUUGGGCAGCAGCAGCUACGCCCGCCCCCCAAGCAAAAGCACCGGCACAAGCCUCUACGACAGCUGCGUGGACCGCGCCAGGGAUCCCAGCAUCUUCGUGGUCUUUGAGAAACACCAGAUUUACCCGGAGUACAUCAUUGAUUAUUCCUGAACACUGGGCUCUGCCUACUAAGCCACAUACAUGCCUACCCUUUGCUCUCUGUCAAUUUCUUAGACUUUAAGUGGUGCCCUGUAUCCGUUAGCUGCCAAGUGUAGUCAUGCAUGUCAUUAUGCAUAUUGUUUUUUUUCUUAUAUUCAAAUAUUUGGGUUUAUCCGGGCCGGUGUUUUAAUCGCGUUUGUUUCACAGCGGUGCUGCUAAGACAAUUGGGAACAGUUGAAAAAAACAAUUCUCUUGUUCCGUGUCAUGCAAACUUAAGUGAGGAACAACUGAUUAUUUAGCAAAAAUAGCAAUGUCAUAUUAUGCAUUGUGGGUCAUCUUUGGCUUAGCAAGUUGAUGAAGGACUCUACAACUCCAUGUCUUAACUCAGGCGUAAAAGGGCAUAAAACAUAGCUUUUUAUAAUAGUUUUUUUUUUUAUUAGUUUAACAAUUCCAUUAUUCAAAUCAGUUCAAUAAGUAUAUGAAUGCAUAUAAAAACAAUGCAUAACUUGCAACAUAAUCUUGAAACAAAAAAAAAAAAAUCACAUCACUGUAAUCCAGUGCAAUCCCAAUGGCUGCAGCCCACCUCGUGCAAAAUGCCUCACCACUGCUUGCUCCGGAGUCGGACCUGGAUCCACUGGGAGGUGCUUGGGAUAAGACUGUCGUACCAAUAAAUAAAUAGUAACCCUACAA